AUGGAACACUUCCGACAUACCGCUCACAUCGGAACCCACUCUUUGAGCUACGCAUUGCGAGGAAUUCCUCGGCAGCCCGGCGCUCCGCUUGUGGUGGCUCUGACCGGGAUCACCAGCAGCGCGCUAGAAUGGAGCGCGGUGUGUCGAAAUCUCGAGAAUGAUGCAUCCGUGCUGCUGUAUGAGCGGACUGGCUACGGUCAGAGCGAAGCAUGCCCUACCGCCGAGCCGGACUCCCUGACAAUUGUAGAUGAGCUGUCUCGGCUACUUGCCGCCGCGGCCCUGCCACCCCCGUACCUAGUGGUUGGCCAUUCCUGGGGCGGAAUUCUCGCGCGGGAGUUUCUUGCUUCCCGUGGACCCGAACCCGAUCCCUGUAUCACAGCUGUCACGGCAGGAUUGAACUAUAUGGAAGUCGUCGAGCUGACCCGGGAGUAUCGACUGACGGAGAUCGAGUGGGCUGAGCUGAUGGCCGAGGAAGCUAGCCUACACCACACGCAACAGGCCACCCGCGAGCUGUCUUAUCUACAGGUCAGUCGGGCCGUCUUAGCUAAGAAACAGCAACUCCUCCCUAGUCGAGAUCUCCUCUGCGGCCAGCCGCUGAGUGUGCUCCGGGGCAAUUCACAUCGGGACCAGGAGCGGAUGUACCAGCGGGGUGUGGCUCAAGGCCUGGGGACUGAAGCCGAGCGAGCGGCCUUUCGUCACUAUCUAGAGCGCUAG